AUGCUGAACAACCCGAUCCGGUUACCACUGUUGUUGGUGGUACUGGUCCUGAGCACAUUCCACAGUGUAUUCGGCAGUUCUGACCUAGUGCCCAACGGAGUCCUCGAUGGGGCCCCCUUCGAGAGCCCAUCGAAGCUGGCCGGACUAACGGCUAUUUCGAUUUUCUUCGCCCGUACAGUUUUCCCGUUCUAUACGAUCGGCCGUGUCGCCAAUGCGCCGUGCACGUCGCCUGCCGGCCUGUCGGGGACGUGUCUGGUGGCCGGCGAGUGCAAGGAUAACGGAGGGUUGCCGGCCGGUUCGUGUAGCAGCCGCACCAGCCAGGCCGUGUGCUGUGUCUACUCCCAAUCGUGCGGCGGAUCGACGAGCUUCAACAGUACGUACUUCACCAACCCGGGCUAUCCGGGCCCGUACACGGGCGGCGGAGCGUGCGUCUUUACGAUCACCCCGACCGAUGGCGUGUGUCAGCUGCGGGUUGACUUCCGGGUCCUGUCCCUGAACCAACCGACCGGUGACGGUGCGUGCAACACGGAUCGGCUCACGAUCACGGGCAGCUCGCCGGGGUUGACGCAGCUGUGCGGUGAAAAUACGGGUCAACACCUGUACGUUAACUUUGCCGGCAGCACGCCGAUCACGAUCCGCGUUGCGACGGAUGCGGGCACCACGUUCAAUCGGCUCUGGAACUUGGAGCUAUCACUCAUUGCGUGCACCAGUGCCUACAAGGCCCCCAGUGGCUGCCUGCAGUACUACUUCGACCCGAGCGGAGAAAUUAGCAGCUGGAACUAUGGGCUUGGCGCUAACCCGGCGCUAACGAGUGUCGGGACGCGCGGAAGCCGCCAGAUCAUGAACACCAACUACGGCAUCUGUAUACGGACGAACGCCGGCCAGUGCUCCAUCACGUACGCCCUGCCCAACAAUGAUGUAUACGCGUUCACCAUCACCGGAGACGCGUCUGCUAUCGAUCCGACGAUGGUCGGUGGUGGUGCUGUCGGUUUGAAUGGUGCGGCUUGUACAACCGACUACAUCAUCAUCCCGAACCCGGUUGUCCCGGGAGUGGCGGGAACGUUCGUCGAUCGCUUCUGUGGUCUCGGGCUCUACAGUGUAACCACAAGCACCCGUCCGUUCGUCGUCUACACGGUGACGAAUGCCAACGAAACGCCGGAUGUGGCCAACCGUGGGUUCCGGUUAGAGUACACCCAGAAUCCGUGUGCCGCGGUGUGA